UCUUCCACAACUGUUCCGAAAAUAUAUCUCAAAUAAACGAAACAAACUCGAUCGAUCAAUUAAGAAAAGUUCAACUGGAAAGAGACCCAAGUGUUUCUUUGCUUUUCAAACUCCACGAAACUUCGUCAAGUGGUAUCAGAACCCCUUCAAAUAAACUGAAACUCAAGCUUCCAAUAGAAACUAAUAACCCAUAAUCAGUUCUCUAAAUGCAUCAAUUAAACUCGCUUCAAAGAUUUAUCAACCGAUCAGAGUGAUAAGAUAAACGAUUCAUCAGUGUAUUAAAUCGAAGCUUAUAAUGUGCCCUAUGCAACCACCAGUAGAAAACCAAUCAAAGUGAUCAAUUGAAAAUGGAGGAGCCAAUAGUAUCCAGUCUAUCGAACAGUACUUACGCGACCAUCCAGGAGUACAUCCAAGACAUCACGAAUUUCUACAACGAAACCGUCGAUGAUUACAUCGAGUACCCAGUCAGUUACCCUCGAAGAGACUCGCUCUACAUCGUGGUGCCGGUGACGAUCAUUUACGCGUCGAUUUUCGUGACCGGCACCAUAGGAAACAUCAGCACGUGCAUCGUGAUCGCACGCAACAAGUCGAUGCAUACGGCUACCAACUAUUAUCUCUUCAGUCUAGCCGUGUCAGACCUGUUGCUGCUGGUUUCCGGACUUCCGGCGGAGAUAUUCCUGGUAUGGUGCAAAUAUCCGUACAUAUUCGGCGAGGGUUUCUGCGUUCUACGAGGUCUCGCAGCGGAGACAUCGACGAACGCCACGGUCCUCACCAUCACCGCCUUCACCGUCGAGAGAUACGUGGCCAUUUGCCAUCCGUUUCUUUCUCAGACAAUGUCGAAAUUGUCGAGGGCAGUGAAAUUGAUCCUGGUUAUCUGGCUGGUAGCAUUAUCGUUCGCGUUACCUCAAGCACUUCAGUUCGGAGUGAUCCAACAUCAACUGGAUCCUAAUUUAGUAAUGUGCACCAUGAAGAGGAUACUUCUUCAACAUUCCUUCGAACUGUCCACCUUCCUGUUUUUCGUCGUACCAAUGAGCCUCAUCACUGUGCUUUAUGCGCUGAUUGGGCUGAAGCUGAGGAAGUCGAAUAUGAUGAAGAGGAGUCAUGGCAGAGAUGGGAGCUGCAGACAUCACCCUGGGAGGUCAUCCAGGAGGGUGCUGAAGAUGUUGGUGGCGGUGGUAAUCGCGUUCUUCAUCUGCUGGGCGCCAUUUCACGUGCAACGACUGAUCGCCAUUUAUGGGACAAAUUCUGAGGACCACAUCACGUCCAACAGCAAGUGGAUAGAGUUCCUUUAUCUCCUGAUGACCUACAUAUCUGGGGUGCUCUAUUACGUGUCCACGACGAUUAAUCCGAUUCUAUACAACAUCAUGUCGAACAAAUUUCGCGUUGCGUUCAUGGAAACACUGUCGAGGAGUUGCAGGAUACCUGGUUUACCGGUUCGCAACGAGCAACGUUCCUACUCGAGUUUGUCCCGAUCCCAGCAAAGAGCGAUGGGCGCUUAUGGGUCGAGGACGGCGGGCACCGGAGGUACCGGGAUCGCCCAUGAGAGUACCGAUUGUUCCGGAAAUUCCGGCCGAGGCGAGGAGAGCCCGAAACAGACGACCUCGUUGGUAGAGCAGGUGGAAACGGAGCCGCGAAACGCGGACAGGAAAAAGGAUAAGGGUAAGGAGGAGAUCAGGAAGCUCGCGAAAGAGGUGAGGUCGAUCGGUGGUCAAAGAUCGAAGGCCACAGCUAGGUACGCGACCGUCAAGGUCUCCAACGUCGACGAGGCUAGGAAGAAGUGGUGGAGGUUGCUCAAGUGGUUUCCUGGCUUGAAAUCCUUCAAGCUGGCCGGAAGGAACACGUACACCGUGCCGGAGAACCAUAUCCUGAAACAACCAGAACUGAAUAGGGAAGAGUUCUCGAUGACCAUGUGGAAUGUACACGAGCCGAAUGAUCAGCUGCCUGUUUGAACGGGAUCGUUUCUUCCCUCUCGAUGACCAUUGGAGUGAUCUUUGUUAAAUAAUAUCAGGCUCGCUCUGAAAGUUUUCAGAAUCAAAGGAGAAUUGAUGGACUCGUCUGAUACUAAGUAAUUCUAGGCUCACUCUGAAAGUUUUGAGUCGAUAAAUUGAUUUUGUAUCGACUGGUAUUUAUUGCAUAGUAUUGGGUCAGUCUGAAAGUUUUGAGAAUCAAAAGGCUACAGUCGCAAACUGAUGAACUGAUUUGUUGCUGAUCGUGAGUGAUGUUAUUUGAGUAACAUGAAAGUUUUGAUAAUCAAAAGAAAAUGUUUCGAUAGAUUUUUUCUUUUCGUAUAAAUCAAAGGGGAACUUGGAAACAUCGAACAUUGCGUUGUGCAUGAAUGUCGUAAGUGGAUUGAAAGGGUGUAUAAAUAAAAGGAGGCGAAGUAUAAGGCGAAGCUCGUGGGUUAUAAAUCGCUUGGAAAUGUAUAUUCCUGUCAGGUUUUUCGAUGAUCGAGAUUCUUCCCGUGUGCUUUGAAAAGCGCGUCGAUAAUAGACGUUCAUCCCCCUUUUCCUGAAUCGUACAAACUCGAAAUAAGAAAGUUCUCCACGUGUUUCGACGAGGGCAUCGAAUUUAUCAAGGGAGGAAAAACUCGGGUGCUGUGAGAGAGAUGAAAUGAUAAAACUCUCUGUUUUCACGAGACGAUAACGUAACAAAAAUGAAAGGAAUAAUUAUUAAAAUUACUUUGCUUAAGUUUCACUCAAAUUUGACUGAAACUUGACUCAAAAUAAAUCCAAAUUGCCUCGUAUCAUCAGAUAGAUAAUUAAAUAAAAUCUAACGGGUAGUUUUAUCAUUUUCUCCUUGAAUGCAAACUAUAAAUAUGGAAAAGUAAGUUGAAGUUAAAUUGUUGAUAUGUUCAAACACAGGAUGCGUUGUUAUCUAUCAUAACGUUUGAAAUGCGUUGAAUUUUAACAAGAAAAUAAAUGAAAGAAUCUAUUAUAGGGAACAUUGUGCAUCUCUGUAAGUUAUUAACAUAAACACAACUGAUGGCAAUGAAGGAUUAUCGACUUUGUUGAAAUCAAAGGCGUCAUCGCCGUAUUAAAAUAUAAGAUUUUAUCGUACGAAUCGAUUGAACACUACACUUGAAUCUUGACAAUGUGAUAUUAUUUAUUGUGUAACUAUUAUAAAGUGUAUAUUGAAUCAUACAUUAUUGACUCGAAAUUAAUUGAAUCGCUUAGGACAUACUGUAUGUCCUACGUUUAUGUUUGUAAGUCGCUGUAUUUUACAGUAAUAAUAUUUUUGAUAAUUAUAGAACACCAUUGUGAUGUUCUUUUCAGUUAAUUUUUCUCUCCCUUCUUUUAUAUAGCUUUAGAACGAUACAAGAUAGCAAAAAGAUGUCAUAAUAAAAGAGUCUUUUUUAAUAGAUUCACAAACUUAAGACCGACAAUUUUGGUCUUUAAUGGGUAAUUAAAUUUCCUAUGUAUUGCAGUUUAUUCUGAGCCCACCUUGAAAUUUGCAGAUGAGCAAUAUAAUGGUAAAAAUAAAUUAAUCUCAAUAUUUUGACAGAUGACCAACGCGUCAGCGUCAUUUGGAAGUAAUUAAUAGUAUAAACUUAUACAUAUAUUUAGGAGGAAGUAUUCAUUUAUAACUUCCAUCAUCAACAUUUACAUUUACUUUCUAAAUAAACUAUAUGAAAAACCGUUUGUGGAAUUGUAAAAUUUAUCAAAAUUUUGAGC